AUGCCAUCUGAGGUGCUACCUAAGUGCUCGAGUCGACGGCGGCACCGCCGACUGGGCAACUACAGGGGCUUAAGUCAAGGUCGAACCAGACAGCAUCAGCCAUGGCCACGGCCCUGCCUCUGUGCUCAUGCAGCACCCUGGAUGCGCGAGCCGCACAGUGCAUUACCUUGCCAACCCAGCUCCGUGCACUUGCACUUGCACCUGUACAUGCCGUGGCUUAACGCCGUCUGGUGCCAGUUGAAGAAGUCUUCAUCGCGUCUAGUGGUCAUAUAUCUGAGGCUCCCACUUUCGUUGUGCCCCCAUGGCCUUGCCCCCUUUGGGCCAGGGGACGGACGGGACGGGCAGACGGCCGGCCGGCCGGGAGCCGCCGCGGCUGCCUGCCUACCCGCAGUCGGAAAUGUUCCAGAAUCCCCGGAUCGAAGGCGUGCGGUGCGCGCGUCCCCUCAAUGGACCAGGGUGUUGGACGGGACGAAAGAGGUGAAUCUGCGAGACGUCAGGGACCUGGCAUCCCCGUCGACGGCGGAGACCCUGGUGAUGGGGGACACCGGUCCGAUACUGAUGAGCAAGAAGGCAAACGAGAUGACGGGGACCACCAUUUCGCCUGUUUUUGUGAUUUUUGUGUUACAGUGCAACGCUUGGCGCGCCGGUUUGCGUGGGGCGCGCAGAAAUAGCAACAGACGAGGCCGUUCUGGAAGAUUGCAGCGGCUACGGUGGAAGUCUAGAAGUUGCGCUUCUAAUAAUUGUUAUUGCUCGAAUGGUGAUGAGGAUGCGGGUGGUUGGGCAACUUGGCUGGCGUCUCGGUGA